AUCCAUCUUCAUUUAAUAUUCUCAACUCAUCCCUCAUUUACCAUCUUCCUCAACACCAAUCAAUUCUCUUGAAAUCUAAACCUUUCUCUCCGACUUAUCAACUCCAUCUUACCAAAUCAAACUUGAAUACUUUUGACUUCUUUGAUUUACAAUUCAACUCAAAUUCGAAACUUGAACAAAAGAGAAAAAAAUGGCCAACAAAUUUCCAUCAUUACCUGCCCCUAGAUUCGCUCCUCAAAAACCAUCACCAUUAAGUCAAAAAACUGUCGAUCUUAUUAAACCUGAACAACAAAUAAAAUCAACUUCUUCCUCUGCUGUUACUUCGCCAAUCGAUACAAAAACUAAAAAGAAAUCGAAGAAGAAAGUACAACCAGUUUCAGUGGCUGCUCUUGAUUCUGCUGCACCAGGAAAACAAUUUGCAACACAAAUUUUCAAACUAGUCGAUGCAUUAAAAACCAAUGGAGGACCUAUGAAUUUAUCAGAUUUAGAAGCAGUAACAGGUGUAAGAGGUUUACUUUCCGAACACACAGAUGUACCGUUCAAUCCAGACCUUUAUGAUGCAUUCAAUAAUCAUGAUCGAGUCAAUGUGACUGAAAGAGGUAUGGUAAAAUUAUGGAGUUACAGACCUGAUUACUUAAUCAGUAAUCCUCAACAAGUGCUUGAAUUACUUCAAAGGUUUUCAAGUAGGGGUGGAAUGCCCAUCGUCACCUUGAAACAAUCUUGGCCAAAUGUAAUGUCAGCAAUCACUGAGCUUGAGAACGAAGGAAAAGUUUUGGUAUUCAGAACUGAAGGUUUACCUGGUAAAGAAGGAAUGGUCAAAACCGUUUUCUAUGAUGAAUUAGGUUGUAGAGAAAACUUAGGACCUACAAGAGGUGCACUAGAUCAAGAAUUCAAAGACAUGUGGCAUUCGCUAGAAACACCACCGAUCCAUACUUUACCACAAGAAUUACAAGAAGCUGGAUUAAGUUCAUCUAAUUCAGAAAUCAUCAAACCACAUAUCGUUCAAAAGAAAUCUAAAAAGAAAGGUAAAGGUGGUAAAGUUAAAAUUACUAAUACUCAUUUGAAAGACUUGGGGAUUGAUCUUAGUAAAGAUUAUGUACCUGUGGGAUCUCAGAAAAAAUGAAAAUCGAAUUCAAACUUGAAUCUCUUGUUUUUGAAGGAUGGUGUGGAGCGUUGGUAUUUUGUGUGUUUUUGUAACAUUUCUAAAUCAUAAAAAAUAAGUGUUUCCUUUUUUUCUUUUUACAUUGUAUUUUUUUGUACAAUUAUGGAGAUUCUCUUUUAAUCCUUUUUCGCAAUUUACAAAACAGUCAGUUAUCAUGAAGUUUACAAAAUGAGUCUAUCUUUUUUAUUUAGAUUUUUCUUCAUAAAGUCAUGUUGAACAGUAGACAUGAUGAUUUGAAUUUAAAAUCUGACUAGAAUUUGAGUCUGAAUGAUCUAACACUUAUGUCAAUGAAGUCAUUUUUCUUUGUUGAAUCCUCAAGGUUUUCAAAACUCACUCUCUUCUGUUUGAUAAUUCAGUAUUCAGCUCUAUAGACUAUUGCUGAUUUUUUGAUUCAAACUUGUUGGUGAUUUUGGCCC